UGAUGUUCAUGCAUGAAAGUAAUCAUCAGGCCUGCCAGGAGCUUAAGUCCCUAAAUAAAAACACCACUCAUAACCCGUCUAGUUGACUCUGUUUGAGCCACCUAGAUAGCUCCACCCUUUCUUUCAUCUCUAUUCUCUCUCUCUCUCUCUCUCUCGCUCUCUCACGCUUGGAAAUGGAGACAAAACACCCAAAAGUAGAAAAGUCUGACCACAUAGUUUGGAGCUUGGAGGACCUUCCAGGCCAAGCCAAGUCUUAUACAUGUUCCUUUUGCAAGAAGGGCUUCUCAAACGCGCAGGCGCUGGGAGGUCACAUGAACAUCCACAGAAAAGACAGGGCCAAGCUUAGAGAAUCCUCCGAGGAAAACAUACUUUCUUUGGACAUGUUAAAGACGAUAAAUCCACCUGACGAUCAUUCCCAGGUUUCUGAAAUUAUACUAGAAUCCAGUGAAGAGAAAAGUUCGAGUCCUAGAAGACCAAGCAAACUUUCCAGGGAAGAUGAUGGUGGCAGUGCCAGUGUCAGUCCUGGAGGCAAAGUUGCUAUCAAGACCAGCGGCGAGAGUGAAAAGGAGAGUUUGCGGCUGAUUCAUGGUUGGACAUCUCAGAUAGAAUUGGAUCUCGAGCUACGGUUAGGGCCCGACCCUCAUCAGGAUCAGACGACAAAGAGUACCAGAGAGUGCUUUUGAAAUUUAUUUAUAGUGAAGAUGAUGCUCGACAUCCAAAUAAAAAGGUUUUUGCUUUCUCUGCUCUCCCUCUCUCUCUCUAUAACGAAUUUCUUCCAUUAGUACCAACUCCCAAAGAAGUGUAUGUAUGCUGCUUUCAAUAUUUUCCACUGUUUAUCUCUUGUAUAAAAGAAGAUUAAAUUUUGAUUUC